GGUUGGCCAGGGCUGGCAUCUAUCCAGAUCUCCCAGAGUGAGCCUGUUCAGUUCACCUCCAGUCCAGCAGAGGGCGCCACGCGAAGAGGCUCUCGGUCUCCUGGAGGAGAUGUUUCCCCGGUCCGGCGGUGGUUUGAUUAGGUGUUUCAAGCAGAUUCGGUUCGAACCUCUAACCCGUGUUCCUGCAGCUGACUUCGUCCCGGUGUCUAGCUGCUCCUCUUGGUCCACCCGCCGGUUCUCCAGAACCACAGCGAUGCCCCGGAAGCAGAAAGAGAUGAAAGGACAGGUGAAGGCAGCUGUAGGUGGAACCGCAGAGACACCGGACUCUGGUCCGGUAACCCGUGACAAGAGCGGAUCUGUAUCCAUCACAGUGCACGCGAAGCCGGGCUCCAAACACAGCAGCAUCACAGAUGUUUCCACUCAGGCUGUAGGCGUCUCCAUUGCAGCGCCACCUACAGACGGAGAAGCAAACACAGAGCUUGUCCGCUACCUUGCAGAAGUCCUGGAGCUGAAGAAGAGCCAAAUUUCACUGGACAAGGGUUCUAGAUCCAGAGACAAAGUCAUAAAGGUGGACUCCUCGUUGGAUCCAGAGGAGGUGCUAAAGAGGCUCCGGCAGGCAGCCAGCUGAUUGGCAAAGACUGGGUGGAAGAAGGGUUUUAGUUAAACUCUAACUGAACAGUCAGCUGGACCAGUAAUGGAUCUGUGGGACUGGAACUUCUCCCACAUUGAGAUCAUCAUCUUUCCAGCCUUCAAUUUUCUUAAUAACAGAUUCUUUCGAGGAUGGAGCUGGAAAAACAUGACAUAAGAAGAAAAAACGACUUGAAAACAACUCUCAGGUCUCUGAAGUGGCAACAUGACGCUGGUUAGAGCUUUUCCACAGAGUCAUGUGGAAAGGGUUUUGUGUAAUCAUGGAAAACAGGAGGAUUUCCAUCCUUAAAAACAGAACCCAUCAUACAAAGUUCACAAUUUUCACAUUUCUAUACUUCCAUUUGGAUCUGUAAUGCUUCUAAAAAUGUCCAGACAUUUUUUGGUAAUAAGUUCAUAUAUUUUGGUGUCUAGAAAAUGAGCCGUUUUCUAAAUAUUUCCGAAUGCAACGUCUCAAAUCAGCAGGCACUGACUUUCACCCAGUGACCCCAGUGAAGUCCAACCCAUUACCUAGUAGCAACCCCAGCAGAGUUCUGCCCAUCACCUAGCAACCCAUACUGAGCUCCAGUAUGAAAUAAGUCACUUUCAAAUAAAGAUUUAACUGAGCUCCAGGUUCAUGACCUAUUUUUGUUGUAAGGUUUUAAGUUUUUUAAUCACUGGCGUGCUUCGAAACUUAAUACUGAAGGUUUUUAAGGCUGAGACACAUUAUAGCUUUUACAAAUCCACUCCAGUAGGUGGCGAUAAUGCACUGCUGGUAUACAACCAAAAGAUAAUCCUCAACCAGCACCUAUUACUGCUUUUUUAUUUCUGUUUACAUUAUAAAAGGUAAGUUUUGUGGAAAAAUAGACCCAUUUUAAUUUGGAAAUAAUGUAAAUGUGAAAUAAAAUUCCUUUAAAAUACUUCAAACUCCAGUUGCUUGAUUUAUUUUAAGUUCAAGCUACAGC